UCAUGAAACCCCCAAAGCACAUUCAUUUCUCAUCUUGUCAUCAUCGCUAACAAUCAAAACUUUGUUCAUCUUUUAAACCCCCACGUAAUUUCGUAUUUUUAUCUCCAUUCGAUCUCAAAUUCCCAAUUCAAUAUUCACAAAAUGGUGCUGAAGAGAUCAAUACCUGUUGGUUUUGGCGAUCCAAAGACGACUAAGAAGAUGAUCAUACAAUCGGAACAUGAUCAGCCUGUGUUACCUUCCUCCUCCUCCUCCUCCGCUGCCACAGCUGUUUUCAUGGAUGCACACUUGUUAUAUGAGGUGCUGAAGCAUGUGGAUGCAAGGACGUUAGGUGCGGUUGCGUGUGUUAGCAAGCACUGGCAUCGGACGGCUCAAGAUGAGCGGUUAUGGGAGCUGAUAUGCACCAGGCAGUGGGCGAAUAUUAGAUGCGCAAGCGCAAGUGAUCAACUUCGUAGCGUGGUACUUGCGUUCGGUAGCUUCCAAUGUCUCCAUUCUCAUUACUUAUUGCCUUUAUCCAAACUGAAAGAAUUCAUAGAAGUGAAACAAAGGAAAUAAUACUUUUGUAUCAUUAUAAAAGCUCAUAAUGUAUCUUCUGACUAAUAUGGAUGAUACAUGUGGUAUGUAUGAUCAAGUUUUGUUUCAUUAAGUAUUAGAAAAUGCAUUACU